AUGACGUCAUCUACUGAAAUAUCUUUAUCUGAGUAUGAUUUGCCUUUAGAUUUUAGUCCUUUCAGAAUUCCAUUUAGCAAGGAUUCCUCGUCCAAGAAAAUUAUUUUACUUUGUAUGUUAUCAUUUGGAACUGCAUUUAGAACCUCACCAAAACCUCACCAAAACCUCACUAAGUUCAGCAAAUUUACAGCCUUCGAACGCCCGAAUGCCUCAUACCCCUGUAGAAGGUCCCGUAUUACCCCUUUUCCCGAUAUAAAAGCCGGCUGCUCCUCCUCUCCUCGUCAGUGUGCUAUCAUCAGUCCCACAGUCAACAUGAAGGUCUUCGCCGCCGUGCUCUGCCUCGCCGCCGCCGCCUCCGCCAGGAUGGCCUACCAGCUCCCCGACGGCUUCCUCGACAUCCUGGGCGGCGACCCCCAGCAGGCCUUCUCCUGCGACAAUCGCGCCUACGGCUACUACGCCGACGUCGCCAACGGCUGCAGGAUCUUCCACGUGUGCGAGCCCAUCGCCGACGAGCUGGGCGAACUCGUCGAGACCGCCCACUACUCGUUCGUGUGCGGCAACCAGACCGUGUUCAGCCAGGAGUCGCUCACCUGCGCCCACCCCGAGGAGGCCUUCCCCUGCGACCAGGCCGAGACCCUCUACGACCUCUCCAACGCCGACUUCGGGAAGAUCCCCGUCGACAUCUAGACGCCUCGCUUCCCCCUCGACGUGUCCGAAAACGUGCCAUCUCUCCCAUCACCCCAUCGCCGCCCAUGUCCUCAGCGAGCGGAGCCUCUCCCCGUCCUUCCUAGAUCUCUGCCUUCCCUCGCCUUUCUUGCCCCUUCUCCUUAUUCUCCCUUUUUUCUUGCUAUUUACUUUCUCUCACACUUCGUUCCCUAGAUAUUCCUCUAUUCCAUCUUUUAUCUUUGCUUUCCCUCGCACGUCCUUCCCUACCUUCUUAUUGUUUUCUUCUCCUCGUUUUCUCUUUCCUCUUUCUUUCCCUUAUCUCCCUCGAUCUUCAUCAUUGGUAUUUCAUAUUUGUAUGUCCUCUUCCUUUUUAUCAGUAUUGUUUCAAACUUAAUCGACAUCGCCUCUUGGGUCCCGUUUCGAGGUCCCUUCACCUGUGAUAUUGUGUUUAUAUGUGAAUAAAAGCAUACAUUUGA